UCCUCUCCGGUGGUGUUGCCUCCCUGUCGCUGCAGUGCAUUGCUACUCGCUCGCCCUCUCUCUCUCUCUCUCUCUCUCUCUCUCUUCCUUCCUCGCUUUUGUACCUCGCCUCUUCCUCCUUCUCACCCGUCUCUUCCACAUCCCUCUCAUCCUCCUCCCUGCGGAUGCCUCAGCCUUGCACCCCCGCCCCAGCAUCCCGGCAAAUGGUUGUUCCAUCUCCGGCAACUCUGGACGCAGGACGCAGCGAAAAGGCUCACAGCUCCGUUCUGAUUUGAGCACACUGCGGAUUGACUUGAAAGAGGGGCGGACCAGGGACAGUAGGGAAACGAGGAGACGCCUGACAGUGGCCAGGAUCUCAUUUCGCCAUGCCAGUGCCGGAGCAGCCUGCAGAGCAGGAGAAGGGGGCCAUGGUUCCCCCUGUGAUGCCAUCCUCCAAUGGAGAGAGAUCUGAGACAGAGACAACCUCCUCUAUCCUUGCCUCUGUCAAAGAGCAGGAGCUUCAGUUUGAGCGUCUGACCAGGGAACUUGAGGCUGAGCGUCAGAUUGUUGCCACCCAGCUGGAGAGAUGCAAGCUGGGAUCAGAGGCAGGCAGCAUGAGCAGCAUUAGUUCUUCAGAUGAGCAAUUUCGCUGGAACUCUCAAGCUGAUGGACAGAAAGAUAUUGAGGAUGAGUUGACAACAGGUCUGGAGUUGGUGGAUUCCUGCAUUCGCUCCCUGCAGGAAUCAGGAAUACUAGACAGUGGAGAACGACCGGCUCUUCUUUCCCAGAGUUCCUUGCAGCUCAACUCCACCCCGGAGGCUUCGCUCCAGUACUCUGCCAGCUACCAUAGCAACCAGACCCUCGCCCUAAGCGACAGCAUCUCUGCAGCAACUCCUCAGCGCAGCGGGCAAGUUGGAGGAGCUGUGCACAGCUACAACCAGGUGACAUCAAGCCGUGCAGCCCAGCAGCAACAAUCACAGACUGGGCCGGGGUCAGGUAUCUACUACUCCAGUGCCACCUUACCUGCGCAGGGUUCCCCUCUGUCAGGAGGGGGAGGCUCAGGGUCCGGUUCCCCCAGUAAACUUCAACGUCUGGGAUCAGCCUCUGAUGCACAAGGAUACGCUACCACUCAGCGGCUGCCUUCCUCUUCUUCGUCCUCUCCCAAACAGUCUCCUGCUAAUCGGUUGGCCAAAUCAUACAGCACCACAGUUGCUGUGACAACAGCAGGAGGGGGCGGUUCCCCCCUGAGGGUGGCAUCUCCACCUAAUUCCACAGCAGGAGGGGGAGGGGCCAGCUCCACAUCUUCCCCUCUUCACCAGAUGAGUUCAGGCAUAGGGAACUAUGCAACUCUGUCUCCCAAACGACUGGCAGCUCAUCACGCUUCUGACCAGUACAAGAUCUCCCACGAACUCUACGCUACUGCUACACUGCAGAGACCUGGAAGUCUGGCAGGUUCUCGUGGCUCCUACAGUAGUCAGCAUAGUCAAGAGCCCCUUCGGCCUCUGGGGUCCCCAGAGCACCACAUAGAUCCGAUCUAUGAAGAACGUGUCUAUCACAACAAGGGUCCCAUGAGAAGCCUUAGCCAGAGCCAGGGCCCAGACUCAGGGCCCUACCGCAACAACACAGACCUGACCAUGCGUAUCCAUGAUCAGGUCCGUGACCUAAGUUAUGUCCUCUGUCCCUACUUUCCUGCCAUAGCACCCUCCUCCCCUGGUGUCGACUCCGCCCCUUUGCAGCGCACUGGAAGUCACGGCACAGGAACAGGAAACUACAACCGCGGCGGGACCAACAACUAUGCCACAGUUGGGCCAGGCUACACCUCGAGUGGCAGUAGCGGAGAUGUAUAUGGUUCAGAUCCCUAUGUGGCUGACCCCUACCGUACCCUGCAGUACUGCCCUUCAGUGGUGGAAUCACCCUACAGCAAGUCAGGACCAGCUCUGCCGCCCGAAGGCAGCCUGCAGCGUUCACCUUCUAUUGACUCUAUUCAAAAAGAUCCAAGAGAGUUUGGGUGGAGAGAUCCAGAGUUGCCAGAGGUGAUCCAGAUGUUACAGCACCAGUUCCCAUCGGUGCAGUCCAAUGCUGCAGCCUACCUACAGCAUCUCUGUUUUGGAGACAACAAGAUCAAAGCUGAGAUCCGUAGACAGGGAGGCAUCCAGCUGCUCGUUGAUCUACUGGACCACAGGAUGAGUGAGGUCCAUCGCAGCGCCUGCGGAGCCUUGAGAAACCUGGUGUAUGGCAAGGCCAAUGAUGAGAACAAAGUAACCCUGAAGAACUGCGGGGGGAUUCCUGCCUUGGUCCGCCUGCUGAGGAAGACCGGAGAUGUGGAAAUCAGAGAGCUAGUCACAGGUGUGCUUUGGAACCUGUCAUCAUGUGAUGCACUGAAGAUGCCAAUCAUCCAGGAUGCCUUGGCCGUUCUGACCAAUAGUGUCAUCAUACCCCACUCUAACUGGGACUCCUCCCCAAAUCACCAUGAUGACCACAAGCUCCACAUUCAUACCUCCCAGGUGCUGCGCAAUGCUACAGGCUGUCUCAGGAACGUAAGCUCAGCAGGUGAGGAGGCGAGACGAAGGAUGAGGGAGUGUGAUGGGCUGACAGAUGCUCUGCUCUACGUUAUCCAGACCUCUCUGGGCAGCAAUGAGAUCGACAGCAAGACUGUGGAGAACUGUGUUUGCAUCCUGAGGAACCUGUCAUACCGACUGGCUGCUGAGACAUCUCAUGGUCAGCAAGGGGGGUUGGAAGAGCUGGAUGGCCUGCUUUGUGAUGCCAAUGGUCGCGAUGGAGAGAGCUCCGGUUGCUGGGGCAAGAAGAAGAAGAAAAAGAAGGGCGCUGACCAGUGGGAUGGCGUGGGCCCCUUUCCCGACACGGCGGAGCCCCCCAAAGGAGUUCAGAUGCUGUGGCACCCCACCAUCGUCAAGCCCUACCUCACCCUGCUGUCUGAAUGCUCCAAUCCUGACACUCUAGAGGGUGCAGCUGGGGCUCUGCAGAACCUGGCUGCAGGCAGCUGGAAGUGGUCAGUGUACAUCCGUGCUGCUGUCCGUAAGGAGAAAGGCCUUCCCAUCCUAGUGGAAUUAUUGAGGAUAGACAAUGACAAAGUCGUGUGCGCUGUCGCCACUGCUCUCAGAAAUAUGGCUUUGGACAUCAGGAACAAGGAGCUCAUUGGUAAAUAUGCAAUGAGAGAUUUGAUCCAUCGGUUACCAGGCAGCAGCAGCAGCAACAAUAACGCAACCAGCAGUGGGACCUCUGGAACCACAGGCCCUCCCAGCAAGGCCAUGUCAGAUGACACAGUGACUGCCAUCUGUUGCGCACUGCAUGAAGUCAUCACCAAGAACAUGGAAAACGCAAAGGCUCUACGUGAUGCCGGUGGCAUCGAAAAACUCAUCGGCAUUGCCCGCAGCAAAGGAGACAAACACUCAGCAAAGGUGGUAAAGGCAGCUUCUCAAGUCCUCAGCAGUAUGUGGCAGUACAGAGACCUGCGCUCUCUCUACAAGAAGGAUGGCUACUCCCAGUAUCACUUUGUGGGCUCUGCCUCAACAAUAGAAAGAGACCGGCAGAGGCCCUAUUCUUCCUCACGAACUCCCUCGGUCUCUCCUGUAAGGACAUCUCCAAAUAACCGCUCUGCGAGCGCCCCAGCCUCCCCCAGAGAGAUGAUGAGUCUGAAGGAACGCAAGAUGGACUACGAUUCCACGGCAACCAACGCCGGUUUCCAUAGCAACAAAGGAGAGCACACAUCCCGGAAAGACGGCAUGGCAGUUCAAAUUUCCUGUGGGACAUCUACACUGUUCCGAAACUCUUACCUGACUGCCAGCGAUGAUAUCAAGCAAAACCAGGGUCCAGCCCAGCCCUGCGUUGUGCCCCCUCAGCCCCAGCCGGACAGUCCGUCAGCAGCCGUGCUAAAAGACUACGACCCCUACCCUCCCCCUCCCUCCUUCCCCCAGCCUCAGCCACCGCAGCCUCCACCUCACAGCCAGAGCCGGAGCUUUGACGAGGCCUACUACGAGGACCAAGGACCACCGCCACCUCCGCCGCCACAGCCACCGGUCCAGGCUCAGGCCCAGCCUCAGGCCCCACCCCAGCAACCUCCAAACUCCACCGGACCACCCAGGGACCCGCGGGAAGAUCUGCGCAUGCAUCUGGGCCUCAAAUCAACCGGCAACUACGUAGACUUCUACUCGGCCUCUCGGCCAUACAGCGAACUAAACUACGAGACCAGCCACUAUCCGGCCUCACCUGACUCCUGGGUCUAGUUAGACUACAGUGUUGGGGGGCAAGAAAGAGUCAGUGUGUGCUUGUGUGAAAGGGAUUAUUUUUGCAAGACAUCAGCAGUGAUUAUAAGUGGUAUUUUGAAAGCGAUCUUGUAGCCAGUGGCAGGAAAUUUAUGUUCUCUAAAAUAAGUGGGAUAGCAGAGCUGGAUGGGGAUAGGAAGUAAAGUCAGGUAGAGCGACAAAGAGAGACUGCAUGUGCAUGUGAACUUUUUUUUUCCAGACCAGUUUAUUUCUUUAAAGUCAGCUCCAUUUCACCAUUGAGUGGAGCUAGUGGAAGUAGAUAUGACAAAGUGUGUUUGACAGUUUGAGCUAAGAGUAGGAAACAGAAUAUAAAAAGAGAGAAAACGACCAGACGGAUAGAGUAUGCAGAUGUCAAGAGAGAAGAAGAGGGCACUAGGAUAAAGAAAUAAGCAGCAGUUGAGGGAGCGCUCUUACUCUGUAGGAGCAAGGAGCUGUCUGACCUAAGGAGGAGAUGAGAGACAAAGAUGGCAUGAGGGUUCUUGAAGAGGUCAGGAAGAAUAAAAGCACAGAAAAAGAUGAAAGCACAUCAGGCAACAAGCAAGAAGUGGAUGUUUACCAUUUCACCCAAGUGACAAACGUAGCACUGCUUUUAUCCCCCUUUUUUGUUGCAAUGGCCUUGCCGCCUCCAGAGGCUUCUGAAUUUGUGUUCAAGGAAUGUCAUCUUCAAGAGACUUCUUUUUUUUGUCGUCAUUCUUUUACAUCUUUUUUAUUUGUACUUUUCUAAAUUUUCACAUUCAGCAAAACAAAAAAAAACUUUUUAUUUUCUGUGUACAGUAAAAGGUGAUAUAGUGUGUAUAUUACACGUUUUUGAUGGGCCACUUAUGAAAACAUGAUUUAUUUUCCAUGACUGACUGCUGACUGAAACAUCAAAAGCAACAAAAAUAAGUGAAAUGUGAACACGAGAAUCAGACCUGACAGACAUCAUCAGGAUGGGUGUCAGCAGACACUUUUGUUUUGGCCCCCCUUUCCUUUCCCAGCCAGAGAGGAAGCACUGCGAUAUUUGUGUUUUUCUCUCUCCAUCGAGUGAAUUUUGUCAUGGACACAGUAAAGAGCAGUUCAAAGCUGCCAAAGCAUCAGUUUGGCAGAGCAGCAUUGUUCCAGAGUCCCCGUCAACUAAAGUGCUUUUUCACUGCCUAAAGAUUAUAUGUGUAUGUUUAAAGCACACUCUCUGUCUUUGGAAAGGUUUGUCUUUUCACUUUGGGGAAUCUGACAUGUUUGACAAUGUCAACUUUUAGUGGUUUGUCAUCAUCACCUCUGCAUAAAAAAACCAAACUGUUUCGAGGUUUUUUUUUCACAUCAGUGAAAGCCGCCAGUAUUGUACAUCUCAGUGUACAGUAGAGACAAAGGAAGACGAGAGAGAAAGGUCUUGUGCCAAACCUUGACACACAGUGGACCAGUCCAAGAGGACUUUAAAAGGAAAUUUUGUCGACGUUUACAGACGACGUAGACUGGCCGACUCACUCUGCUGUUUGUAACUUUUAUUUUCUUGUGUUUUUGAUCAGGUGAAGCCGUACUUAUUGCUGGGAAUCAUGGGUAAUGUCUCUCUCCCGUAGAUGUACAGACCUGCCUCUCCGUGUUGGCUGAGCACAUGUGGGUGUGUAUGCGGAUGUGUGUGGGCGGGGGGGUUGACAUGUGUGCGCACGCGUGUGUUUGUGUACAUGUGCAUGUAUGUGACAGAAUGUGUGGCCUGUGUGUACACGUAAACUUGAGCGAGCGUAUCUAUGCAUGCAUGUGUGUAGUAGUGUGCGUAUGCCUCUGUUGCGUGUAUGUGUGUGAGCGUUCCUGUACAAAUCAGUGUCCAAACAAGGCAUUCCUACCGACAGUUUGUCCAGUUUUACAACAUGAAAAACCAAGGAAAAAAUCACUAGAAGGAAUUGUUGAUAUAGAAUGACAAAUCUAUAAAUAUAUGAAUAUAAAUAUAAAUAUAUAUAUAAAUAUAUAUAUAAUUUUUAUGUGCUGAUGUCAGUGUCACUAAAUGCAACAAAUGUUCGCAGAGAAAACAAUUAUGUGGUGUACAACAGGACUCUUGUUCACUUGACCUAAACAUGGAAACUGCUGAUCGGGACCCCCCCACCCCAGUCGAGACAAAAAGAGAAAUCCCACCUGAAGAUGCUCAGGCUCUGGUGCGAGUUGUGUGUUGUGUGUCCAUGCUUCUUAGAUGACCCUGCUGAGAGAGGACCGUACUUGAACACAAGGAAAAAAUAAAGACUCUUUGCAAUCAAACAACACGGUCUCUGAUCCUCUUGAUGAUUUCUUUUUCUUUUCACAGAAAUGUGCAUUCGAUUUUUUUUUUUCUCACAAGGCAAAAGUGCUCAUGUGGUGCAUGUGUGGGUUAAGCUGACACACUUUGAUGUGUUUUUGUUUAAUUCACAUUCUUGUGUGAUUUUCUUCAGUCUGUAUUUUGUUCAAAAGGGCUUCAGGUGCCUUUGAAGAUGUAAUAGCAGAAUGUAGGAAUAUCUUCCUUCCCGUGUUCCUCCUGUGGUAUCUGAGGCAGCCUUU